GCAACAUUCCAGAGCAGUGAGUCCGUCGUUGGUGUUUCGCUCACGACAUUCCCGCUCCGUCAAAUCGCGGUCGUCCAGUGCGCCUUCCAGUGGUCCCCGAUCUAGUGGUCCGUUGUGGUCUCCCAGGGGUGUUAGGAUUCCUCCUCCUCCCCUUUCCCCCAUUAAAAAAAAAAAAAACAGUCUUGGCGAGAAAAAACUCCUUGGCUUUUAGACUCGGAGAGAGAAAGAGGAGACCAGUUCGGAGCCACAAUGGGUGACGAUAACGCAUGGGUUUUUGACAGCUUAGUUGGUUUUCUGAGGGGACCUGUCUGGAAUGUGCCAAUCCUCACCUUCAUUGAACACAAGUCUCUCAUCUUCGAGCCCGGCUGCGAGGAUGACUCCGAACACACCAAGAUCCACGAGGAAUACAAGAACCUGGUGGACUUCAUGCUGGGGUCGUACAUGGAGGACAUUGGCAUCACCCCCGACCAGUUCGAGUCGGCUUGCGGGAAGGCCUCCAUCAAGACCACGUUCCAUCAGACGCUGUUCGAGCAAGUAUGGGCGGCUGACGACUACGAGAUUUUCAAGAGAAUGAUGAUCCAGAAGAACCUCGAGCUGCAACUGCAAGCACUGGAGCUGCUGCAACAACGUUAUGGCAUCAUCCCCGAAUCGUGUAUGCCUGGCGAUGCCAUGAGUCCCGAGGAGCAAGCAGUCAUGGAGGAAGUUAUCAAGACCCCUGGGGACAAGCCUCCCUCUGACACGAGCGCUAUGACCGACGAAGAACGAGCUUUGUUGGAAGAAGUGAAGAAGAAGUCCCUUGAAGAACACGAGGCGGUACAGGCGAGUCUGGACGAGGAGACACGCGAUCUGGAGAAGGCGAUUGUGGAGUCGAAGUUCGAAAAGGUGCGGCUGGAGCAGGAGCGAAAUCGGGAGAGGGAGAUGCUGGAGAAGGCGCUGAAGAUGUCUCUGAGUGACACGCCGGAGGAGGAGGAGGAGGAGGGGGAGGAGGAGGCAGAGGCACCGGCGGAGCAGGAGACGCAGCAGAGCGACCAGAUUGACCCCGAGAGCAUCCGUCGCCGAGCGGAGUACCUGAAAGAGCAGAGGGACAAGCUCCUGGCGCUCAAACAGCAGGAGAGGGAGAAGCAGCUCGCGGCCUUCGAGGAGUCGGCGCCCCAGAAGAGACCCAAGUCCUCCAGGGCGGCUAGGAAGGUGCUGGCUGGCUCAGACAUCGACGCCCACACGCUGCAGGUGCGGAAGGCCCUGGCGGAGCGACUCAAGGCAGAGGUCAUCGGGAACCAAUAAACCACACGAGGAAUUAUGUAGAUCUCCUAAGUCGCUUCCUUAAACUUCAUUGUGUUUUUUGUUUUCUUUUCUUUUGGCUGUGUCUCCUUGUCUGUCAGUCUGUUUGUCUUGUGAGUUCCUAUCUCCUGUCUUUGACUCGACUGUUUGGCAGUUUUCUCUCUCUCUCUCUCUCUCUCACUCUCUCUCUCUCUCUCUCUCUGUCUGUCUGUCUGUCUACCUAUCUCUCCUCCAUUUCCCUGUAAUGGAAUUUGCAUUAAUUCAUCGUAUUAAUAUUAAAAUUUCUCAGCAUUUCCGUGGGACGAAUGAAGCGUUUGCGAUAACAUUUUCCCCGCUGUUAUUUCCUUGUAAUGUUCUUUGUAAUUGUCGGUUCUUGUUCGCAAACGCAAAGAAUGGAGGAGUCAGUAUUGAAACAACAGUCUUCUUGUAAUGCAAUGUUAAUGUAAGACUGAAACUGUGUGAACUACAUCGGGUCAGUGGGUGAGAAGAAGAAAAAAAAUGUAGUUAUUUUUGUUUUAUUUAUAAGAUGUAUACAUAAGCCUUAGGGUCAGCUCGAAGCAAGAAAAAACAAAACAAUAACAACGCACAAGAUCAAAUGCUGUUUCUCAUAUCAGUUUAAACGCUUCCAAAUACUCGAUCUCUUAAACUCCAAUAGAGUCAUAGCACAUGCACACAAUCUGUCUCAUGCUUAUUAUGGAAUUCAGUCCUCCCAUCUUUUCAGUGUUUAUAAUCCGUUUUCUGUGGAGAGGAAAAAAUAAAAUCUGUUUAGGGUUCGGUGAUUAGAAAUGUCCUCGUAAAUAAAUUUGGCAGUGGUUUAGAUUCAUCUCCGGUUGACGAAGAAAAAAUAGAGUUAAGUAGUAAUGAUCAGUAUUUAUUUACUGGUAAUUGUUAUAUGAAAAUGGCAUGGUAAUAACUUUGUUAAUUCAAACGAACACUAAAGUUUUGUUAGGCAUGUUUAAGGAAUUCAGUCCUUCGAAAGACAAUUUUACAAGUGAGAUAGAGAUGGAAGAAUUUCGUUUAUCCGAACUUUAAGACAAAAAAAAAAAAAAAAAAAAAACAUUAAACCUACUACGCAUAGCACGAGACAUUUUGUUGGCUGUAAUAAUUGAGAUUAUUAUAGCUAUGAGAUAUGUGAUACGAUUUCUACUCUCCCAUGCUCAUGUGCACUGCUCAAUGUGAUAAAAUAUGCUAACGAGAAUACAAAAUGGUGUUUUGCUUAGUCUUAGUCAUAAUAUUUUCUUUGCUUAGUGACCAGUAUUUUAGAAACUUUACGCAGUCGAUUUACCAAGAUUCAGUGCCUUUAUCUUCUAUUUUUCACCAUUAUUGGCACAGAGAUAACUUCUGGAUGGCAAAGGCCCUGCAGAUCUUAAUCUCUUAAUUGAGAACUUUAUAAAUUGAAAUUUCAGGUUGGUAACUGUAAUUAGGGGUUUUAUUUAUACGUCCAUGGCUUUGAUUAUGCGAUGUGACUCUGUCUAUGUAUCAUUGUUGUUAUACAAUGUUAGGGAGACCAAAUAUAAAAUGAAUACCCAUCCCCCCGAAUACCCAUCCCCCCCUAAAAAUGUGUAACUGGUGAUUGAUAUUUUUUUCUUUUAUUCAACUCGUCAGCGACACUGUUGUUCACCCAUAGAAAUAAAGAAAAAAAAUAUGUUUAAACUAUAAAAAGAGUGAUAUUUACAUAUCAUAUUACCUUCACUUCUUUUUUUAGUUCAAUAAAGAUUUUUCAUGUGAAUUUGUUAUCGUUUGGUACAAUGAGUUAGAUUUUAGAAUCACGUUUAUAUGAUAGUGUAUUGCACGUGGAUGAGUAUUUUUGCCUAAAGCACCGCGUCUGCACAAUAAACUACACGAGAAAA